AUGCAUACAUCGCAAAGGGCUCAGCACUCACAACAUAUCUUGGCAACUGUGCAUUCAACACAGACGAUACAGGAGCAACUGGAAUUCAAUCGCCCGUAUAAAAUCAUGUCAAAUCCGCCCAUUGCCCAUCCCAGAUCGCAGAUUCUAUCGCCAUCGUCUGAGAUGAUUGAGAUGAACCAAGGAUCAGCCAGCUCGUCCAUCUCAGAGGCUUAUACGAGUACGGAUCACAAUAUAUCUCAACCCAGCAGUCCGUCGCGCUCAAACGUUACGUUUGCCGACUCGAUCCCAAACUCUAUCAUGUCCCAUCCCAACAUCACCAACAACCGCACGUUAUACGAAACCCCUGAAUCGUACUCUACAACGCAGAUGAACGCAUUUGAAGGAAUGGAUUUGAUAACUAGAUCUCCUAUAGACGGUGAAGCUAUGGGUAUGAAAAAAGUCGCAACAUCUGUAUGGUAUCCCCGCCCCCCACGUAACAAGAGCCUGCCGCUGCCACCAAUUCCAAUACCGGAAGCUGUCAACAAUGGUGCAGAGAUGGCCUAUGCUGCUGGUGGAUCAGAAUUGAGUUACGGGGCUGAUACUGAAGCCAGUCGUUUCACAGAAGCCAGUCGUGAUUCGAAGGUGGGAUUCAAUUCAGAUGCUUCCGAGUUGACUCUUGUACAGAAUUCGCAAAGACCGACAGUUCAUUUGUCUACGUUUUCAAAAGCUGUCGCCCGAUUGACAAGCACGCCGUUACCGCCAUUGGAUGACCCAGAAUUCCAAGCUCGGGCACAAGCCAGGGUAUUGCUGAAGUAUGGUGGUAAACCAAAGAAUCCACGAGCUGUCUGUAUUCGACGAACAUUACUUGCCUUGGUUCUUGGUGUUGUUGUAUUAGCAGGUGUAAUUCUCCUAGUCUUAUAUUUCACAAACGCCAAAGUGCGUUCUGCUCUCGGUGGCACCUAUGCACCCUACUUUAAUGCUACAGUAACUCUUCUGGACUCUAAUUUUGUAAAUGGCACCGAUUGGCUUGGUUUUGGAACGUCGUUAAGUUGGUGGGCUCGCUUCGUUGGAGAGACUAUGAAUGGAACUAGUCAAUUCGAGGCGUUGAUGGAUUCUGUCUUUGAUGUAAACAAGGGUCUAGGUCUGACUGUAGUCCGCUAUAAUAUUGGAGGGACACAGGCUGGUGCAUCCGGAUUCCCACCAUACUAUGGAAUGCCUGCAGUGCAACAGUACGAAGGAGGUCCUUAUAAUUUUGAUUUGGAUUAUGGUCAACGAUAUACACUGUUGGCUUCUUUGAAACGAGGAAUAGUUGCCAUAGAACUUUUCUUGCAAUCUCCUCCAUGGUGGAUGACAAACUCUGGCUCUUCGAAAGGCAAUUACGAUGGGUCGGACAAUUUGUCGUCUUCCAAAUACUCCUUAGCAGCAGAUUAUCUCGUAAACACGAUAAAAUACUACCGUGACAAUUAUGGCCUCAACUUCUUCAGUGUUGCUCCAUUCUCCGAACCAACUGCAUCCUGGUGGGCAGACAAUGCCGCUGGCAGGCAGGAAGGCUGUCAUUUCGACUUGUCGUCCGUCGCUAGCUUCACAUCCGUGCUUAAUUCUACCUUACAAGCAAAUAAUUUGUCAACGCCGAUUGCUAGUACUGAUGAUGUAGCAUAUUCGAAUACGCAGGCAUCGUUGCAGGGUUUGUCGAGUAAGCAGAUUGCUCAAAUCGGAAAGGUUAAUACUCAUGGAUAUUUUGACCCACCAAACUCUGAAAGGGCGUCUUUUGGACAAGUGGUUCAAAAGUAUGGAAAGAAGGCUUGGAUGUCAGAACUGGGAACAGCGGGACAAGCAAUGCUUCCAGAUGUAGCUGGUAUUCGUAAUUUAGGUGGAAUUGGUUUAGCUCGUCAAAUUGUGGCUGAUAUAUAUUAUAUUGGAGUGACCGCAUGGGUCUAUUGGCAGGCUGUUGAUGUAGCAGGUGGUUGGGGAUUAAUAAGUUUGCCUAAUGGAGUCUAUAACGCUUCGUUUUUCAACAACAUGCCAACACCCGGAAAGCAAUACUAUGUAAUGAUGCAAUAUUCAAAGUGGCUGAGGCCUGGCAUGGAUAUUGUAGCGUCCGAUCAAGGAAGUGACGUGGCAGUAAUAGUCGGACGUUCAGUGUCUCAAAAGUCUAUGGUCGUAGUUGCUUUAAAUGCAUACUCGUAUGAUCGUGUUUUUGGUAUUGAUAUUUCUGGAUAUGCUCUGGGGGUCAACGCCACCGCAGCUGCAAAUGUAACAAUAUCAGCUUAUAGGACAUCCGAUACCGAAAACCACGCACCAAUCGCCGCUCCACAAUAUGGGUCUAAUAGUGUGAUAUCCCUAUAUUGUCCGCCGAAUUCUGUCACCACGGUCAUCGUUAAUGAUCUCACAUGGAAAAAGUCGUCAUAG